AUGGAGAACGGCCCCAGCCGGAGCCGACCUUACAAGCGCUACACUCCGACCACCAUUCCGAUCUCCGAGAUCCUUACAAAUAUCGAAGAGUCUGGAAUGGAAAAACUCCUCAAGCGACCUGAGAAACUCAGAGGAGACCUGAUUGCAGCUCUGAACAAGUUUGUUUCGAGGUCAACAGAUAAGUGCCUUCCUUUUUUUAAAGUCCUAAGAAAGAAGGGGCCCUUCGAAUGGACAGCGGAGUGCAAGCAAGCACUGGAGCAGUUGAAGAACUACCUCUGCUCGGCACCUCUGCUUGCCAAGCCAUUGCCGGGAGACAAACUCCACUUGUACUUGACAGUAUCUGACAGCGCCGUCAGCUCGGCCCUAAUCAAACAAGAAGAUAGAGUGCUGCAAAGCCCCGUCUACUACACGAGUAAGGCCAUGACUGAAGCCGAGACCAGAUACCCUCAAUUGGAAAAACUGGCUCUCGCCUUGGUCACCUCGGCCCAAAGGCUUCGGUCGUACUUCCAAGCCCACACUAUUGUGGUGCUCACCAACUUCCCCUGA